CAGGGUGCUGCCGCGGUGUAAAUAAACAUGGCGGAGGGAGUGGAUUCUGUACUGAAAAUAGCGAAUUCGCAGGUGCUACCGCAAUUCUUGCAUGACUGCGUGGACGAUUUAACAGGGACGAAACAAGCGAAUUUUAACAACUACAACAGCGACCUCGAGUGGACGAUUGACGACUUUAAUCAUGCCAAAAGGAGUGUUCAAAAAAUUUACCGCCAAAGUGUGAUUAAUGACAAGGUGGAAAUAGAAUUCAGUGUGGGAGAUAACGUGGAAAGGGAAAUCAGGAAGUGUCUAGAAUUGAGGAAAGAUGAUAUUUUUGAAACUCUAGUGAAAGAGAAGUUGGUGAACAGUGGUCAUAAUUUGGUGGAAAAUAUUGACUGGAAGUUGAAGUGGGUGCUUGGAAAUUCAAAAUUGGCGUCAGUGAGGGAGGCGUUGUUGCAGGUUGAUCUUCAUUGCGCGAAAAGUGGCCCCAAUUUUGAUAAAGUUAGCAAAAAUAGUGUUAAUUUUGAGGUAAAUCUGGAAAUGCUGGACUUACUUAUUGAUCAACUACAAAAAGUUAGGGAAGAGUUGGAAAUAAAUAAAUAGGGUAUGAA